AUGCGGUUGAGACAGAGAGAUAACAUCCGGGCCCCUGAACGGUAUGGCGGUGGAGACUGGGUUGGGAAAAAGGCGUCGGGUCGUCGAGGCGCGUCAAAGGCGGCUUCCGAGACGCUUGACGACUUGCCUCGUCAACCACACGUCCCUCUUAUCGCGAGACCAACUGCAGGGCCACCGCCGUUUGUUGAUUACGACCCAAACUCGCCUCCAGCUGCGUUUCCUACGCUUGACAGUCCUCGACCAGAGGGGAUGCCGCCUCAAAAUAACAAACCAGACUCUCCCGGAUCCCCUGCGAACGAAUUCCAGAGCGAGCCGUGGAGUGAUAUGGAGUCGAGCGAAGAAGAUGGUAGCGGAGAGGACUCGGACCAUUCUGUCGAUGUUGAAGACUACAAAUAUCUUCACGCGCCCACAUACGUCGAAUGGAAAGAUCUUAACCCCGUUAUUCAAAUGGAAAUAAUCCAGAAUCUGACCCAGGUCUAUACUUGGCCGCGUGUGGUAUACAUGUUAGAGCUGACGCCACAGCAGCAAGAGGAUGCCUUCCAAAGCCCUGCACGCCGCCAAAAGCAGGUGGAGGAUGAAGCCCGGGAGUUGCAUGAAAUGCAAGUUAAGCAGCUGAGGGCACUCCUUCGUAUCGACAAUAGCGUCCUGAGGAAGUCCAGAGUUCCAGGCCAACUGGUAUUUCGAAGCAUUUCAAAGCAGUACUUCCGAGAAGCUAAAAACCGAACGGCUGUUGACCAUCUCAUGAUCAAAGCCAGUGAACUUUUAGCUGCUCGGAGGUUUCUGCGGAGACUGGGGAUCGACACAAAGUACGCCGGAGAAUGGAAGAACGACCUUGCAACCAUUAAUCAAGCGCAUGAAGAGAAUGGCGAGGAUGAGUUCAAAUGGAUUCUUAGCAGCGAAGAGACUGAACGGUCUAGCAGCAAUCCUCCAGCCCAGGCAGAAUUUUCUUCAUCUUCGUUUCAACCGCAUAAUGGUAGCGCUAAUGGUCCGGAUCGUUGUUUUGCCAACCAUGCUGGAAACCCAGAAGUGGGUACAUGCAGCGUACCAUUGUACGAGGGGCCAAGUGUCCCAAUAAAUUCGACCCCCCUGAAUGCUGCUCAACAGAUUCUUGGCCGCAGAAAAUCCGCUAAAAAACCGGACCGAAAACCCCCUACUUGGCCUAUGACUGCCAAUCCAGGAAACCCAAUCGUCCGACUGAACGUUGGGCCAGAGGGUGCCGCGCAGAUACACAAUGCCAUGCAUAUCGCAACUUCCUUGUCACCACAGUCACCUCAAAACUUAUCAUCGAGCCCUCCAGUACCUUUAACUUCCACCAGCAGCCAUCCACCUAGUUCUUCACUAGUGGUCCAUGGUGGUACAAUUCGGGGCAAGUCAUAUCUAGAGCUGGAAUCACAUCCUCCCAGAAGCUCAAUGAAAGAUUGCAUGCAGCAAGAGCCGAAAAGUGAAAUAGAACGCCAAUGUUUCGGUCGCCCUAUUGGUAGAUUGCCGCCCGUGUCGCGGAUGAGCUUACCCAUCAGAAACCUGACCCCCCUAAAUAACCACCAGGCCACUCCUAUGCCUCAUAGUGAUGAUACAAUUGCACAGACGCCUCCGCCAGGAUACUCUUCACCAGCUUCGCAGUAUAACGCGCCAUCAGAUAAAAAUUUCAAGAACCUAGCCAUCAAAGUGCCCAAUAAUAACGUUCAAACCAAAAUGACGUCGGCUUCAUCAGAAAAUUCAGAGCAUGGGCCGCCAUACUCACCAAUAUCACCUAUAAUGGGAACAUUUUCCGUUCCCCAGGCCCAGGCUGCGCCCGGCGUAACUGGACAGAUCCAAAACGAUAACCCCACAAAAAUUGAAGCCUUUCUAAAAGGAAACGCAAAUGAAAAUGACCAAAAUGACGCAGUGAGUUCUGUUCUUGACGAUGGAGCAUCAUCCACUGCCGAGCCAGUAGGCUCACCAGCUUCACUCCCUUCUGAGGUUAAAUCUUCUCGGCCAAGUUCAGUUGAUCCUUCACAUCCGGCCCUCAGGGCAGCCAGUGAAACCUCGGUUCCAGAUGUGAAGUUCCCAGAGGCAAUGGUAAACUUUGGCAAUAUCUCUAUCGCCACGACCUUCGCGGUCUGCUGUGACAUUCCGCCAAUCGAAUCAGUAAAGAAAGAAGAGUAUGUCUUUCAUCCAGCAGAUCAUCCACCAACAGUCAAACGAGAAAUAACAAAUGAAGAACAUGGAUCUUCAGUUGAAAAUAGGCCGGCCAACAAGAAGGCCAAACUUGCUCCUACGGAUAGGCGCCGUAGCUCGAGAUUGAGCAAAACUUCUACCAUCAAGGAGAAAAAAACUAGAGUAGCACCUUCAGUGACGAAGAAAUGUCUUGGGAAAAAAUGA